AUGGCAGCUGGAACCUCUGCGACAAUGCUCCGGGUGGACAAUCCCAUCCAGAGCUUAACGAGCGCAUUUUGGCUGUGGAAAGCACUCUUGUUUAUUGUCGUUGUUGCCUGUCCGGGCCCAGGCUAUGAUACCUCCACUACCUUGAUUUCCUAUGAGGGUGCUGAUCUCACCUCUUCACUCCCGUGGCCAUUGAAAUUGGCUCGGUGGGACGCGAUCUAUUUUCUGCAUACCACGGAACAAGGUUAUGUCUUUGAGCAAGAAUGGGCCUUUGGGUACCCUAGAUAUUUCGCAAAUCUGGCGCGGUAG